AUGCAGUUCUUUCCCCUCAGCCUCACCAGGAGUCAGCGCUAUGGUCUACCUGUGUCUCUGAUUCAGAAGGCUCUAUUGGGUCCUUGGUUGCAGUGCUCUCUGAUUCAGAAGGCUCUAUUGGGUCCUUGUUGGUCCUGGGACCUGAGGAAGAGGAGGAGGCAGGAGAAGUGGCAGGAGGAGCAGGAGCGCCUCCUACAGGAGAAGUACCGUCAGGACCAGGAGAGGCUGGAUGCUGAGUGGCAGCAGGCCCAGGAGGAGGCAGGGGUGGAGGGAUACAGGCAGGCUGAGGUGACCCCUGAUCCUCUACCACCCAGAUGCAUCGUGGGAUAUGUAGUCCCUUGUGUCAAAUCAUCCACACCGAACAUGGAGAGCUCAGGAGAGAUGACCAAUGGGAUCGCUGGCCUUGCCAGUCCUCAGCCAGCCUUGAGCCAGCCCAUGCCCCCUGUUGCCCAUGUGGCAUCCAAUCAAAAGAAGGAAGUUGUUUUUGACGGGGAAAGAAGGGAGGAGCCUCUCCUCAAGAAGGGAGGAACCUGGAAGAGGAGACUGAAGUGGCAGAAGGAGAUAAUUGGUCUGGGGACUCCUAUGGUUUCACCCAGCUAUCUAUAGCUGACAGGAUGAAAUCCAAGUCCUCCCCAUCGUUGGCGGGUUUCCACAGACAGGAGGUGAAAGGUCAGACUCUGCUGUUGACUGUCCCUCUGUUUAAUGAGUGGCUCCCCAUUCCAAACCCAGCCUUGAUGUUGAUGCACUUCACACCAUGUUGGUCAAAUCUAACCAGUCCUCAUUUAGCUGAG